AUGGAGGAGAUGGAUGAACCGAAGACGUUUAGAAGCUUGGGUGUGUGUGAACAGCUUGCAGAGGCAUGCCUGAGUCUAGGGUGGGCAAACCCAACCAGGAUUCAGAUGGAGAGCUUGCCUCAUGCUCUUGAAGGUAACCUCCUCUUGGUCAUAGAAAGUUAUACCCACUUUUAAAAAGUUUAUAUGUUGGUUUGUUUUGCUUUUUUCAUCUCUCUUUGUUGUCAGCUUUCUGUUUCUGUGGUGGUCUAUUAAGCUGAUGUAAAAUUGGAAAACGAUUUUGUCAAGAACACAAAAGUCAAAAUCAUAGAACUCUGACUGAAUGGUCUAACCAAGAGGGCAUAUUUUCAUUGUUGAGAAGGAGGGCAGUAUACCAAUCGUCAUAUACCAGUCUGGCAAGUAUUGUAAAUGGUUGGUUUCUUCUGUCUGCACAUUCGCUUGUCGUUUUAUGCACAAAUCAAAGUUCUUUUCAGAAAUGGAAAAUGUAAUUGUUUUUUCAAUGUUUCUUGAUGUCCAAGACAUUUCGUAGUCAUAUUCAUCUACUUCAGUUGGAAAAUUGGUGGGUCUCUCAAUCGAUGUUCUUUCAGAAAAGAGUUUUUAACAGUCUUUUAGAUAAGUUGUACUUUAGUUUUAUGUUCAUAUAAAAUCUGUAAUAUUCUGUUUUCACCGUGUGCUUGAUCCUGAUGAUCACUGUCAUUUCUAAUAUUGUCAAAUUUUUAUGGCUUUUACUUUUUUAACUUUCAGAAUUAUUGAUGAAUCCAAAAAUAGACAUUCCUUAUAAACUGUAGAUCAUAUUCUCUUGCUUCUCCCAUACUAGGUAAAGAUAUCAUUGGUAUUGCUCAAACUGGAUCAGGGAAGACUGGAGCUUUUGCUCUCCCAAUUCUUCAAGCGCUUCUUGAAAACCCACAACCAUUCUUUGCUUGUGUGCUGUCUCCAACAAGGUCAGUUCAAAGCAGCUAUUGGCUGAUUUAGCAUUGCUUUAUGAAUCCUGUAACACUUUAUUCUAAUGUAUUUAAAAACUUAUGGUUCCAGGGAAUUAGCUAUCCAAAUUGCUGAACAGUUUGAAGCUUUGGGUUCUGGCAUUGGGGUCAAAUGUGCUGUGGUGAGCUUCUUGGUGCCUCCUAUGUUCAGAAAACAGUCUAAAGGAACUUUGUAAAAUCUUCUGUUUUGACUCUUCAUUGAUUGAAGACGUUUAAUAGAAAUAGUUACCUCAUAGUUUGUGCAAAUAGAGUUCAUUGUUCAUCUGCAUUGGACAGCUUGUUUUGUGGAAUGUAUCACAUAAAAUCACAAAAUUAUAUUCACAGAUGGUUUAAUGACUUGCUGAUAUUAUACCUCUUUAGUCAAGAAGCAGUACUAAAAAAGAGUUGACAAGUAUCAUAAUAGUAGGGUUUUUAGUCGUGGAAAUAUUUUAAUUUGUCUACUCGGGCAGAACUAAGAUCAUCCUGCAUUUAUAAGGAUAUGGAAAAGAUGAUGGGUGGAAGUCUGGGGCAGUAGUCAAUGUCACUAGAGAAUGUUUUAUUUUUGUUAGCUGGCUACUGAAGCAAUGCUCCUGGAUUAUACUUGAAAUGGAAACCUCCGACUGGGUUUGUGUAUCGUCGUUACUCUUUUGAAGACCGCAUAUGAUUGAGUGCACAUAUGUUUCAUGAGCACUAUAUCAGAUCCUCUGUAUCCUCUCAUUAAGCUUGUGUUAUUAUAUUUUGCCUCAUAUGACCACUGGUAGUACACUGAUUCUUUCUAAGAUUUUGGAUUCAAUGCUAUUAGUAGUUGCACUGCUAAUGCUUGUUUAAUUCACAGUUGGCGAUGAGGCAUUUCCUUUAUUUCCAUGUCUUGAAUGAUUAUAUUUGUCUGCAUGUCUUGGAAUUAAUUUUCUCUGUCACGAACUUUACUAUGUUACAUGUAGAUGUUUUGUUAUGUUGCUAUGUGCUGUGAUAUUGUGUGAAUUUUCAACUCGUUUGCAGCUUGUAGGAAAUGUAGAUAAGGUUCAACAAGCCAUUUCUCUUGCUAAGCGGCCUCACAUUGUGGUAAGUUUGGCUUAUAAAUUAAUCUGAUAUUUCGCACAAUUUUUCUGCCGCAAUGCUAAGUUCAUUAUAAAACUUUAAGGUCUGAUGUUUUGGACAUUCUCUUUAGGUUGGGGAUAAAUAUUAAGACAUUACCUGGUGUACAAGAGCAGAUUACUGUCGACUAGACUUAAAUGUUUAAAUUGAAAGCACUUGGCAGGCUACUGCUGACUACAAUACUCAUCCUUAGGUAAAGUACUACUGGUGCUGCGGUGGUCGAUUGCUAAAAAGAAGACAGAAUACAGAUAGGGAAAAGUUCAAUGUUUCUAAGGGGUUUAUAUGGAACUUCUGUAGUGCCUCCAGAAUGUUUUGGAAAGUUAGUACCUUGAUAGGAAUAAAAAAUAUAUCCUGCAAACAUUAGAGAAUCUUUUUCGUGUUUUUUUUGCUUUGCAUCCAUGACAUAGGUUAGACCUACUAUGACGGAACUGGAUAUUUUAUUGAAUGAUGGAUCAACCUUAGGAAAACAGCAAAGGGCGAAUCUAACUUGCAUUAAUUCAUCACAGGCUCUGCCUGUUUAAAACAUUUUUUGCGUGUUCAGGUUGUUUGUGAUAAUUUUCAAAUUGUUUUUUUAUUAACGAUAUCACUCUAGUAGACAUUAGAAUGUCUCAACAGAAUUUAGUGUUUAUGUACUAUCUAAAUUAUUUUGAUAAUAACCAAAUUGUUUAUACCCACCCAACUGAAUAUAUAAGAGGUGCAGAUUAAUGCACCCAGCCAAUGGACUACUAUGAGUUGCUAUGUUUCUGCACAGUGAUUCUACUCCCGUAAAAAUUCAUUUCCAAUUGUGCUUAUGUCACCAUGUACUAAACUCAUUUUUCACUAGUUCCUGAAGAAAUCUUUGGCAAUUUGCUUCUAGUUCAAUUGUUAUUGAAGAAAAAUACAGUCGACGUUAUUUUUCUUUUUUAAUAUUUUUCUAAAGGUUUUGCUUCUUGUAGGUGGGAACUCCAGGCCGCCUCUUGGAUCACUUGUCAAACACCAAAAAUUUCAGCCUUCGGACACUAAAAUACUUGGUUUGAUCUUAGCUUCUGCUUUAAGAACUAGUGCCGUUUCUUUUACUGAAUUAGUAGCUCCACGCAUAUCAUAUCUGAUGCUACAUGUUUCUUAAUGUGAGAGUGUUUCUUGCAGGCAUUCUUUUUACGAUGAAAGUGCUUCAUAUUUUUUUACAGAAACAUCUGAAUUCGAUGUUCCGAGUCUAGUACAAGACACUAGCAUCACAAUAAAGCUCAGUAGAAUCUGAAUGCUCUUAAUAACAUGCAUACAGAAACUCAUGUGUUAGAUGCUUCUCAAGGAAAAUCCUAUACAACAUCACUGACUGAAAAGACUAGAUAAAUUGUCUCAAUGAAAAUUAUUCUUCUUUUAUAUAAGACCUUAAUAAGAAAAUGAAACAUUUAAGUCAUUAAUCAUCCCUUUCUUUAUUGUAAAGAUGAUUAUGCUCCAAAAUCUGCUACGCUCCAUUUUGUCUGAUCUUGACACUACCAACACAUGCUUUCGUUCUAAUUUUUGCCCCUAGGGGCUGUUGCAGCAUGUUUCUCUAUUCUCCCAUCGUCCCAUAAUUUUGAACGCAACAGUGUUAAAGCUAUGAGUUAAAAGGUGUAUAUAUAUGCCUUUUUGGUUUUUCCCUGGACUCACUUUGAAAUGCAAGAACAUUUAAUGGGGUCCUAAAGUAGAUAGAAUCCUAUGGCAUUUACAACUCUUUUCAUUAUCUUCCCUUUUCACAGUAAUCCUUGAUUUUCUUUUCAUUUCAUUGCUAGGUCUUGGACGAGGCUGAUAAGCUGCUGAACUUAGAAUUUGAGAAAGCAAUUGAUGAAAUUUUGAAGAAUAUUCCUCGUGAGAGGAAAACAUUCCUUUUUUCAGCUACUAUGACUAAUAAGGUUAACACUCCUGUCCUUAGGCUUUGCACCAUUUAAAUGAUGUAUUCCCUCUCUCUAAAAAUCUAUUAGUUUUUAGAAGCAGUUUUUAGUAGCCAAGUUGUGGCAGAAAGACAGCAAGUACGUGUCUUAUGCUGCUAUUUCUGUUCCAUCCUUGAACAUUGGAAAGAUAUGAAUUAAAUUUACUUCUACUGUAAAGGACAUUUGACUUAAUUCUUGCCUAUUUCAGGUAAAGAAGCUUCAAAGAGCAUGCCUGAGAAGUCCCGUAAAGGUAAUCUCUUCCAUCUGCAUAUUGUGUGCGAUUCUCGGUGUUGAAGGUGUGGGAUGUCUUAUGUGGUCAGUAUGCCUAAGAGACUAACUGAAGUGGGACUAAUAUUUCCUGUAUUUUUCAGGUUGAAGCUUCAUCAAAGUAUUCUACCGUUGAAACCCUGAAGCAACAGUUCCGUUUGGUUCCCGCAAAGUACAAGGUCAUUUCCCUUUCUGUAACACAAUUUUCCUGGUUCAUAUUUUCUUCUUAGGAAGACAAACCGGGUGACCAGUGUGAGGAAAAUAACCAUGCAAAUUUCCAGGAGUAGCAUCUUACUCUGUUCACAUGUACACUUGGGUCCUAUUUGAGGUACAACUUUAUGUGGGUCCAAUUUUAAUAUUUGGGUCCUAUUUUGCGAUAUGCUUUAUUUGUGAAGGUCCUGCUUUUUUAUGAAGUGUAUCUAUUAUAUAUUAUCUGGAAUAUUAUGCUUGAUUCGACCAGGAAGACCACUUUUACAGGGUGAUACCCCAUUUUUGAUAAAUGUUGUAUAAUUCCAGGACUGCUACCUGGUGUAUAUCUUGACCCAGAUGGCUGGGAGUAUGACAAUGAUCUUCACACGUACCUGUGAUUCGACUCGCCUUCUUGCUUUAUUGCUUAGAAACCUCGGAAUGAGGGCUAUCCCAAUUAGUUCACAGCUCAGCCAGGUCUGCCUCCUCUUUUCAGUGCAAUACAGCGUGUAAUUUUAUUUCUGCCCCAUCAUUUGUGAACUUGGGCGUUCAUUAUUUUAUUUUUUUUGUGGUAGGCAAAGAGACUAGGAGCUCUAAACAAGUUUAAGGCUGGAGAAUGUGACAUACUUGUGUGCACUGGUCUGAUGAGUAGAGGUCUUGACAUACCUCAGGUGGAUCUAGUGAUCAACUACGACAUCCCUGAGAACUCCAAGGUCAAUUUAGUCUCUAAAUUAAACUAUUCAUUUCAUAAAAUUCUAUUGUUGCAGCAUUAUUCAGUUCGUAAUCUUAGCAUUGAUUUCUUGACAAAGUACUGGUAUAAACUCCGCAUCUGGUUGUAUUCUUCUUAUUUUUCUGACAGAUUACUGCUUACUGGUUACAAACCGGUGGAGCGAUGUUUGCUUUGAUUCAGAAGAAAUAGUUUUCAUGGUUCCAGACUUUUGGUUUUGCAGUAAUUUAAUUCUGGUCAAUACUGAAACUAUUGAUUAAUUUCUGUGGUUAGAUGUUGAUUAUCUGGUAGCCUGGAGCGUGGCCUGGCUAUCUCUUGUCAAGUAGCCAGAGCUUGUUUUCCUUGCCUUAUCUCCAUCUCUUGAUCAACUACCACAUAGGUUUUACAUUGGACACAAAUGUCUGAACUUUCUGUCAAAGCCUUGUCGAAGACUAUUUGGCUCAUGCUGGUAAUGGGAAAGGCUGGGCAUGGCUAUUAGGCCAUGGACACCCCCUUUCUGUCGCUCCUUUGCGAUGAUUUUAGGAUCUAUUUGUUUCUAAAGAAAUUGAUGAUUGAAAAUUCAAUUUGCAAAGGGACACUUGUUAACCUCUCGCCCGUGCUUCGGAGCAGUGCUCUUCCCUCAUCAUGAUACCAAUUGUGUUCUUAUUCUGGCUUUGGAGCAAAUGCUGCGUAUUCAUGGGUUCUCUUAACCAUAACUCAGGAUUACAUUCAUCGUGUGGGUAGAACAGCACGUGCAGGACGAACUGGUUUGGCAGUAUCAUUAGUUAGUCAGUACGAGGUGGAAUGGUAUCUGCUGAUAGAGAAGCUUAUUGGUAAGCUUCAUUAAUAAUAUUGCCCCUGCUCAUUGGAAUGAAAUUCUGAAAAAUGAAAUACAGAGAUAGUCAUUUAUUUCGUUCGUGAUCUAUCACAGGCAAGAAGCUCCCCGAGUACCCUGCUGAGGAAGCAGAAGUUAUGCAACUGGUCGAAAGUGUCACUGACGCAAGAAGGAUGGCCCACAUGGUAGGUUAAAAUACGAUGUUUAUCGAGGAACUUUUCUGGCUGGGUAAGCCCAGAAGUUUGGCUCAGCUUGAUAGGCCAGGAGUGGGCUUGGAUGAGAUUCAACUUGGCGUCCCUUGUGGCAGCUCCUGCCCUACCUAUCUCUGUCACCAUUUUCUUUCUCAAACUUUAUCGAUAUUGUAUUAUGUUAUAAUCGCUUGGUGUAAUUUCUCCGGCAGCUAAAAUUCUGUUUUCUGCUGUUUCUCCUCUCCAGACAAUGAAGGAUAACCCCAGUCACAGGAAGCGAAGAGGCCGUGAUGGUGACGAGGAUGCUGAUGAACAGUUCGUUUCUCUGAAGAAGGGAAACAAGUCGAAACCAAAGAGGAGGUAG